UACACUUAUCAGUUAGGCACCAGAAAUAAAAGCUGCUGCGUGGUGCUGUGGUCUUCACAUUUAACGUCCCUCGCUUUUGUAUAAGCAGCUAAGCACAGCCAGUAGCUAUGGAGCCCAACAUCAUCAGAGAGGGAUAUCUGGUAAAAAAGGGCACUGUGCUGAAUUCAUGGAAAGUGGUGUGGGUGGUGUUAGCAGAUGAUGCAAUAGAGUUUUUCAAGAAAAAGACAGACAGCAGUCCAAAGGGCAUGAUUCCAUUAAAAGAAGCUGUGUUGACCAACCCGUGCCAGGACUUCAGCAAAAGAACGUUAGUGUUCAAGGUGACCACAGAAAAGAAGCAGGACCAUUUUUUCCAAGCAACCCACCUGGAGGAGAGAGAGGCAUGGGUGAAAGAUAUCAAGAGAGCCAUCACUUGUCUGCAGGGCGGAAAGAAGUUUGCCAGGAAGUCUACCAGGAGGUCAAUUCGAUUGCCUGAAUCAGUUAACCUGAGUGAGCUCUACGUUUUAAUGAAAGACCAAGACACAGGAAUUAAAGAAAUGAAACUGGAAAAAGACAAGAAGCUUUUCAACCACUGCUUCACUGGUGACACAGUGAUUGACUGGCUGAUCUCUCAGGGGAAGGCGAGGAACCGGUCUGAGGGUGUAAUGCUGGCCACAGGGCUGCUGAAUGAAGGCUAUCUGCAGCCAGCUGGAGAGCUGUCUAAAGCAGCUGUGGAAAGCAGUGCGGAGUCUGCAUUCCUGGACCAGCCGGAUGCUCUGUACUACUUUGCAGAAAGUGGCUUCUUCUGUGAAGGCUACUCAAGUGAUGAGGAUGUGCUUGUAAAGGAGGAGUUCAGAGGAGCCAUAGUCAAGCAGGGCUGUCUGAUGAAACAGGGCCACAGACGAAAAAACUGGAAGGUGAGAAAAUUUAUCCUGAGAGAUGAUCCUGCAUAUAUCCACUACUAUGACCCUACCAAGGGCGAGGAGGAUCCUCUUGGCUCGAUUCACUUGCGUGGAUCUGUUGUGACUGCGGUGGAUUAUGUACCAGAUGCUAAGAGGCAUGACAUCGAGGGCAACUUGUUUGAGAUCAUCACUUCAGAUGAGAUACACUACUACCUGCAGGCAGCUACAGCUGAAGAACGCAAUGAUUGGAUCAAAGCCAUUCAAGUAGUGUCAAAGUCUGGAAAAUAACUGCAAAAGACCACUUCAGUCCAGAAGUAUCCUGACAAAAAAAGAGGACUCUUGUUAUUUUUUGACUGUUAACAAACAUUGUUAUUUUAUGUCAUACACAUGACAAAAAUGUCUAUGUUUCCCUUUUUACACAGCAAGUGUGCCAACUCAAAAAAGAUUAAGAUAAGAGACAGGAUAUGGAGCAUGAGUAUCUUGGUCUUUUAUAUCAAUGAUAAUCCAGGAAACUGUUGAAAUCUUCACAGUCCAGCCACUUCCUGUUUCUGUGACCAAAUGCAUCGCUUCCUGUCUGUUCUACAUUCUUGCCACUCUGCGGUUAGCCCAUUGUAUGUUGCCUUACACUUAUCACUUAUUAAGCAUGUGAACCAGCUCCAUUUAUGGCAUUCUAAAUGAGGGGUGCACAUUCAGUACAACAGUACAACUCCAACACUAAAUCAAUAUGCCUUUCGUCAAGAGCUCAGGUAAUGUUCACAACAAACAUCAGAAUCGGGGGAAAAUGUGAUCUCGGUGAUUUUGACCAUGGCAUGGCUAUUGGUGCCAGACAGGCUCAUUGACAAAGAACAGCCUCUAGAGUUCACACAGAAUGGUGCGAAAAACAAAAAUAAACACCCUGUAAGUGGCGGUUCUGCAGGCAGAAACACCUCAAUAACUCAAAAGUUCAAAAAUAAAUACCACAAAUAAAUAGGCAAAAAUAGUAUUAAAUAAUAUUCUGAGCCUAAUAUUUGAAUAGUAAUGAAUGGUUUGAAAAUAAACAAGGGAAAUGGAAUAGAAAAAAAGGGAUAUGUGUUGUGUAACAGCUGAAACAGCCACCCACCUAGUUAUACUCUUUGCCAGCUGGAUGAUGAUCUUUUUAUGAUAUUAACCUCAAAAUGCAAAUGAUGUGUGAGCAUAUGUUCAUCAUGGGCCUCAUGUGGAUCUCAGAAUCUUACCAAGGGUUGAGGCAAAGUUGCUUGUGCACCCAAGUUAAUGUGAGGAAAAACUAAGCUACCAUUUAACACAAGAUACAAUAAUUCACCCAACAGAGUAUCUAAUCCCCUGUUUAUACAUAUUGUAAUACAAAAUACAGAUAGGAUCAGAUGGCUCCUAUUUAAUAUGCAUAUACAAUAUAUUGUGUGUAAUUAGGAUUUUUUUUUUUGUUCUGUCUGCCGAGCGUUGUCUGACUACCGAGGUCACUUUCCCAACACAAGGGGACGGUGUUCUGUCAAACACAUUUGUGUAGCACAAGACCCUGAGAAUACUGAAAGGCAACUCAAUAAGUGAUUUGAUCCUUUGGAGUCAUUUGAUUCACCACUAAGAAUAGCUACUGCAUGACGAAUAAGUGAACACAAAACAAGAAUUUUUGAAUAAUUAGAAUCAUGUCAAAUCACAGUAUCACCAGCUAAAGGACACUGAUACUGCUGAGUUGUGGUGGGACAACCAAUGCCUUGUGAAAGAGAUUUGAUUUGAUAUAAUCUAAGAUAGGGGUUUUCAACCUGUGGGGUUAGAGGGCCUAAGCACUGAUGAAGAUUACAAGAUGAAGAAUAAAAAAGUGAGUGACUGCAGCUCAAGCCUGUAAGUUGCAAAAGAAAUAAACUGCAGUAAACCUGUUUGCCCAGUAGUUAUUAGCAAUCUUUAUUCAUCCACUAGAGGGGGUGCAGUGAUCUCACUAGUAGUCUCCCUGAAUAAGCUGUAAUCCCAAACCAGCAGCCAGUAGCACCAUUCAUUAAUCAUCAGGAACUGAUUUAUCCUGGUCAGGGUCGCGGUGGAUCCGGAGCCUGUUACUGCAACACUGGUCAUGAGGUGGAGACACACCCUGAAUGGGUCCCUAGCCCAUCACGGGGGCCUGCACACACACACACACACACACACGCAUUCACACCUAGGGGCAAUUUCUCAUAGGCCACAAGAACAUUAGAGUGCAGGAAGAGAGCAAGAGCAUGGAGAGGAGGCCUGGCACAUAGUUUUUCAAGUCAUCCCAAAGGUGUUCAGUUGUGUUAAGGUCAUGGCUCUGUGCAGGCCACUCAAGGUCUUCAACACUAACCUUGGCAAAACCAUGUCUUCUUCAGUUGAUUUGAUAUCCAGUGACUGUGAAGGCCAUAGCAUAUGAUUUACAUCAGUUUUAUACUCAUUAUGCAAUUCAGUAAGCUGUUAUGCGUUGUGGAUGGGGACAUUAUCAUCCUGGAAGAGACCACUCUUAUCAGGUAAUAAAUGUUUAUCAUAAGAUAAAGUUGAUCAGUCAGAAUAACUUUUAAUUUGCAGUGACUCUGCCAUUUAAGAGCUCAAGUGGACCCAAACCCAAAAAACUUAACAGUCAUUCAUUUUUCCUUUAAUUUGUUGCCCGUCUGCAGGUUUUGUUAAACACAACAAAAAUAUAAUUGUUAAAAAGGACUCAUCAUUGCUCCUGCAUAAGCAUUUCAUACAAAAUGCGUGCAGUGGUCCAUCAACAACCUUCAUUUACAUGUACAAGUACUUUGUGCCUGUGUACGUUUGUUUCUACAAUUAAUUUUAUGUAACUGAUUUUUUUUUUCCAAAUCACAUUGUUAAUAAAGUGCACUUUGGUUUGCAA